CCCCAGAUCUGUCUCUGCGCAAGAACAAGGAAAAUGGGGAUCAUCUCCAGGAAAAUUUUCCCAGCAUGUGGGAACAUGUGUGUAUGCUGCCCUGCUAUGAGGUCAAGAUCUAGACAACCUGUUAAGCGUUACAAAAAGCUGCUUGCAGAAAUCUUCCCCAAGUCUCCUGAUGGUCCUUCCAAUGAAAGAAAGAUUGUUAAGCUAUGCGAAUAUGCUGCAAAGAAUCCUUUUAGAAUCCCUAAGAUUGCCAAACAUCUUGAAGAUAGGUGUUACAAAGAGCUACGUCUUGAGCAUGUGAAAUUCAUUAAUAUCGUUGCAGAGGCUUACAACAAGUUACUUUGCCUUUGUAAGAACCAGAUGGCUUAUUUUGCUGGGAGUGUACUAAAUGUGGUCACUGAGCUUCUGGACAACUCUAAGCAAGAUGCUCUCCGUAUAAUUGGAUGCCAAACUCUGACGAGGUUCAUCUCCAGUCAGACAGAUGGAACUUAUACACACAACAUUGAGAGUUUGGUUCAUAAAGUAUGUGAGCUGGCACAUGAGAGUGGUGAAGAUAUUCAAAAGCGCUGCUUGAGAGCAUCAAGCUUGCAGUGCCUUUCAGCCAUGAUCCAAUUCAUGACUGAAGUUUCAUAUAUCUUUGUUGAUUUUGAUGAGAUUGUACAUGCCACUUUGGAUAACUAUCAGCCUGAUACACAUAAUGAAAAUGGUGAGGGAGCAGAGUCGCAUCAUAAUUGGGUGGAUGAAGUAGUUAGAAGUGAAAGUAGAGUUGGUGCAAUUGCUGGUGGGUAUUCUAGCCCUAGUUGCAAGGUCAUCAGGCCACGGCCAGAAAAGAAGGAUCCUUCUCUUCUCACAAGAGAAGAGACAGAGACACCAAACACUUGGGCUCAAAUUUGUAUUCAGAGAAUGAUUGAAUUAGCGAAGGAGAGCACAACAAUGCGCCGGGUAUUGGAUCCAAUGUUUGUGUACUUUGACUCUAGGCACCAUUGGGUUCCUCGGCAAGGGUUAGCUAUGAUGGUUUUGUCUGAUAUGUCAUACUUUUUGGAAACUUCAGGAAAUCAGCAGAUGAUUUUAGCCUAUGCGAUCCGUCAUCUUGACCACAAGAACGUUUCACAUGAUCCACAACUCAAAUCUCACAUCAUUCAGGUUGCUAGUGCUUUGGCUUGCCAAAUUCGAUCUGGAACAGUGCUAGAGGAAAUUGGAUUUGUCUCUGACCUAUGCAGGCACUUGAGGAAGAGUCUUCAAGCCACUGCUGAAUCAGUUGGAGAGCAAGAGUCUAGCAUUAAUACCAUGCUACAGAGUUCAAUUGAAGAUUGCUUAUUAGAAAUAGCUAGAGGAAUUGGAAAUAUUCGGCCAUUGUUUGACAUGAUGUCAAUAUCUCUGGAGAAGCUACCAUCUGGAACUGUUGCCAGGGCCACCAUGGGAUCAUUGAUGAUUGUUGCUCAUAUGAUCUCAUUAGCAUUGAUCUCUUCUCAGUCACAGCAAGUUUUUCCUGAAUCCCUUCUUGUCCAGCUUCUGAAAGUGAUGAUGCAUCCAGAUGUUGAGGUGCGUGUUGGAGCACACCAAAUAUUUUCGGUUCUUCUCAUUCCAUGUUCUAAUCGGCCCCGACAUGAAGUCGCUCCUCUACAAUCUGGGUUUGUAUACCAGUCAAGAAAAGGGAGUUUGGAUACAGCUUCUAUUGCUUCAAUUACAGCUAGACUUGAAAAGCUUAGGAGGGAAAAAGAUGGCCCUAAAACAGAAAAUCAGGAGACUGGUGCUCGUGAUGAUUUUAUAGAUAGGGAUAUUGCAGAAGAGGAUUGGAAGCAGGGGCUUACCCUCAAGAGUUCCCCUAACUUCUAUACAAUUAGCUCUAUUAUUGACAAGACUGCUGGAUCAAGCCUAACAGACCCUGAACCAUACAUAAUGAAGUUUAGUGAGGAUCAAAUAGCAGACUUGCUGUCUGCUUUUUGGAUGCAAGCCAAUCUCCCAGAUAAUUUGCCUUCAAAUUUUGAAGCUAUAGCUCAUUCUUUCAUUUUAAUGAUAGUUUCUUCUCACUUGAAGAAUCCAAAUGGCAACCUUAUGGUCCGUUCCUUUCAACUUCUGCUAUCUCUGAGGAAUAUUUCACUGGAUCCUAACAAUGGGAUGUUGCCCCCAGCUUGCCAGAGAUCUAUCCUUGUGCUAUCGAUUGGCAUGUUGAUGUUUGCUGCUCAGAUCUAUCACAUUCCUAAUCUGAAUGAUCUGCUCAAAUCAUUACCAUCAGAUGUUGAUCCAUAUUUGGGCAUCAGUGAUGACCUUCAAGUUUUUCUAAGGCCUGAGGCAGACAUCACAAAAUAUGGAUCUGUUAUCGAUAACCAGCUAGCUACAUCAUUACUAUCUGAUUUGCGGAAAAAAAUUUAUGAAUCUGACAAUGUCAUCAGGGAAAUUUUGGUCCAAUUUCUAUCAGACAUUACUGAGAUGGAGGCGGAGGUGGUGGCCGACCAACUUUCAGAGUCAUUCACUCCUGAUGAUGCAUUUAUGUUUGGUCCACAAUCAAUGCUAGACUUUGACCAAAAUCAAAUGCCUGGCCAUUCAAAAGAAACGCUUUCCUUUGAUGGGGAAUUUCCGACCAAUUCAUCAGUUGAGGAUGAUGCAACAAGUGAAGUAUCUGUUGUUGCUGACUUCUCCCGGUUCAUUCCUAGAAUGCCGUCAUCAUCUUCUGUCCCCCAAGUCAUCAGUGUUGGACAGCUUUUGGAAUCGGCACUUGAGGUAGCUGGUCAAGUAGCGGGAACAUCUGUAUCUACAUCACCCCUCCCAUACAACACCAUGACAAAACAGUGUGAGGCCCUUGGCACAGGCACAAGGAAGAAGCUUUCUAAUUGGUUGGCCCAUGAACAUCAUCAAAGCAGUACUGUCCGUGACAUUUUGUCUCCACCAUUUCCCGCAGGUGGAUGCACAGCACUCCAGAAGUUAAUUAAUGAACCUGGACCUGGGGUUACCCAGGGAGGUACAUCAGCACAGGACUCGUGGUUAGCUGCUAUCAGGUUGCCUCCUGCUAGUCCGUUUGACAACUUCCUCAAGGCAGCUGGUUGUUAGUAGAAGAAAAGCUAUCACCUGUUCAACAAGUGUAAUGUAAUCGUCUUGUAAAGUAUUAGGCAGUUUUCACUCGGGAUAAAUAGCUCUAAAUUUGGUCUCGGAUCUGAUCAUUUGAGGGCUUCCACGCCCUACGCUACUAGUAUGGAACAUCUAAUUGUAAUGACCUAGUGUUAAGCAUCAUGUAGUACAUCUUUCCGUCUCUUUUGCUCUCUUACG